AGCAGAUGGAGGUCAAAGGCCAAUCUGGUGGGUGUUCUCAGGUAUGGGCUCCCAGUGGAACGGUAUGGGCGCUCAGCUAAUGCAUGUCCCCAUAUUCCGUGACGUCAUCGAUAGGUGUGACAAAGUUCUCUCACCACGUGGCCUGGACAUCAAGCACAUUAUUACUUCCACGGAUAAGGACAUCUUUGAAAAUAUUCUACAUGCAUUUGUUGGUAUCACUGCAACGCAGAUUGGCUUGGUGGAAGUACUGAGAGCCUUGGAGUUGGAGCCCGAGGGCAUCGUGGGACACUCUGUUGGUGAAUUAGGAUGUGCCUACGCUGAUAAUUGUCUAACUCUCGAGCAAACGAUUUUGGCUGCUUACGCUCGAGGAAGAGCUUCAUUGGAGUCAACUCUAAUCAAAGGAAUGAUGGCGGCGAUAGGGUUAGGUUACGGUGAUAUCUUAAGCCGCCUACCAAAAACCAUCGAUGUUGCUUGCCGCAAUUCUGACACAAGCUGCACGAUAUCGGGACCUGCAGCAGACGUCGAAGAAUUUGUCACUGAAUUGAAAGCCAAAGGUAUUUUUGCGAGGAGUGUCAACGUAGCAAAUAUUGCCUACCACUCCAGAUAUAUCCAGCCUGCAGCCCCAAUUUUACUCAAAUAUCUAAAAGAGGUCAUACCAGAGAAAACAAAGCGAUCUGAAAAAUGGAUCAGCAGCUCAGUGCCGAAGAAAGACUGGAGCUCUGACCUAGCCACCUACAGUUCCCCUGACUACCACACUAACAACCUGCUCAGUCCGGUUCUCUUCGAAGAUGCCAUCAAGUCGAUUCCAUCAAACGCCGUCUGCAUUGAGAUUGCACCCCAUGGCUUGCUCCAGGCAAUUCUUAAACGAGCACUUCCAACCAAAGUCACAAAUGUCCCGCUCACUCACAGAUCCAGUCCAGAUGGCGUAAAGUUCCUCUUGGAUGCUAUUGGACAGUAA